AUGGAAUCAAUCCCACAAACCCAUAUUUGCUCUAUCUGCUCUGAAGUCCUGAUCUAUCCAGUCAGCACAAAGUGCAAGCAUAUAUACUGAAGCAAGUGAAUUUACACCCAUCUUGAACAGGCAGAGGAGAAGUCAUGUCCUGUAUGAAGAACUGAGUUAGUCAUGGAGAGAUUUAACCCACCUGUGAUUAAGAAGUUAUGAGAAAUUGUAGAAAAGAAGUAUCCUGAAAAGGUUGAAUCAAGAAAAACAACACAUGAUGCCUAUUUAGCAGAACUUAGAAGGCUCAAAGAGAUCAGGAACAGCAUUAAGAUUCAUUUUGACUAUGGUUAUACUCUACACACUCCCUAUGUCCCAGAUAAAAGCAUCUUUCAAAGAGAAGCUAGACUAUACAUUUGUCUAAAAGACUCGGAAAUUAAUGAAAAUUCAUUAAUCCAAAACAUUGAUUUCAAGAUUGAGGAUCCUCCUCGUACUCGUCAAAUGAAAUAUGCUCCAUUUACAACCACGAUCAAAAAGGUCUACUCUGAAAUUCCUGAAGACACUAACCAUGAUCUUGUUCCUGUUCAUAUCACAGUUACAUGGCAACGCUGGACUAAAUUGUCUCCUACAACGUACACUUUCGAUUUGGAUCUUGCAACUCAGAGAAACUUCCAGAGUUCCGAUUUCAUCUAUGUUCGCAAGACCCUGACAAAGAACAUCAUUGAGAAAAAAGAUUAGUUACUUUUUGUGGCACUUUUAAGCAAGAAUUAAUCAUGAAUCUAUAAUGAGAAAGUUUAUUUGAACCUAAUAAAAUUUAGAAAAGUUAAUUGCCAGUUCAUAGUGACCAUUUAGGCUAAAUUCUCCUAAACGAACAUAAUGUCUCUUCCAGCUGUAUUUAUGAAUUAUUCAAAUUUUGUACA